AUGGAUAUACCAGCAAAUGAAGAGAUUUUCGUGGGUGGAGAUUUUAAUGGACAUGUGGGAAGAAUGAAUGUAGGGUAUGAAAGAGUGCAUGGGGGCUUUGGUUUUGGAAGCCGUAACGUGCAAGGUGAAGCACUGUUACAAGCAGCCGCCGCCUUUGACCUGGCAAUUGCCAACACCUGGUUCCAAAAAAGAGAUGAACACCUGAUCACCUACAAAAGUGGUAAACACACGACGCAGAUUGAUUAUUUCCUUGUUAAGCGAAAUAAAAUCAACUGUAUCAAGGACAUUAAAAUCAUACCAGGAGAACAUCUUACUUCGCAGCAUAGGCUGCUUGUAAUCGAUCUCAACAUAAAAGUCCAUAUACUUAAAAGAAAAGAACGGCUUCCACCAAAGAUACGAUGGAAAAUGCUAGAGAAGUAUGAAUGUGCCAAAAAACUCAAAGAACGGGUGAUAGAUAAAAUGAUAGAGAUGAAAGAUAUGGAAGGAUUGAAUGCGAACGAAUGUUGGAAAGAAAUGGCAAACUGUAUAAGGAGAGUAGCGAAAGAUGUCUUGGGAGAAUCGAAAGGCAAAGGCAUCAUAGACAAGGAAACGUGGUGGUGGAAUGAGGAGGUGCAGGAAAUACUAAAGCAAAAGAAACAAGCAUUUAGAGAAUGGCAAAAGGUUAAAGCUGGACAAGAAACUGAGGAGGAAAUAAAAAGAACGAAGUAUAUGGAAUGUAAGAAGAUGGCAAAACGUGCAGUUGCUAUAGCCAGAACAGCUGCACAGGACAAAUUGUAUAACUCCUUAAAUAGUCCUCAAGCGAAAAGCAGCUGUACCGCCUUGCAAAAGCGAGAGAAAGGAGUUCCCGUGAUGUAUCUUAUAUAA